AUGGCGGCAUCCAAUUCAAACAAGCCCGACGUGGGCGAUACCCUGCUCGUUAUCCACGACUUCCAAGCCCGCAGUUCCGACGAGUUGAGCCUGACCAAGGGCGACCGCGUAGAGCUUCUCGAGCGCGACGACGAGUUUGGGGAUGGAUGGUACUUGGGCAAGCACAUGGCCAACGGAAACAGUGGCCUGUUCCCGGAGGCGCCAAAAAACAUCGUCAACAUUUCGGCCUUCUCACCCCCGAAGCCGCCCCUCACGCCCUUAGCAGAGACGUCGACCGAGCAGACAACUCCGGCUGCUAGCCCCCCCGUAGAAGACGACCACAGUACUACUCCCGUUCCCGAGUCAAACCCCGUCAUCGCCACCCCCAUUAGUUCCUUCCAGUCAACAAGUACCGUCAGCAGCAUUCCUCCACCUUCGGCCAGUAGCGUGCCAGCCAAUAUAGGUUCCGGCCUCGGCAACACAACGCGCCCCGCUACGAGCUCAGACAGCCAUGUCCUACACGACACCCUGAACGUAAUCGACGAGCACAUUACGGAUUUGAACUCGCCACAAAUUGGCCCAUCUGCCCGGAAUGGUAACGACUCGGGCAGCGAGUACAGCUCGCAUAUGGGCCACAGAAUAUCGUACAUCCAGGGCGAAGAGACAGACGAGGAGGAGGAAUCGAUUCACACGCGUCAGGAGGUUGAAUCGUGGAAUGCCGACCAAGUUGCCGAGUAUCUGUUUACAGCCGGCGUGGAGAAGCACCACUGUGAAGUGUUUAGGGACCAAGAAAUCACGGGCGAAGUGAUUCUAGGGAUGGACCAAACGUCGGUAUUCAUUAAGGCGCUCGACUUGGGAUCUGUUGGAAGACGGUUGAAGACGUGGCAGAAAAUCAAGCAGUUGCAAGACCAGGUAACCGGGCAGGUUCUGAGCACAGGCAGGAACACUCAGAAUUACGGAAGCGAUGCAGGUUCCGAUGUGGGUAGGGUCCGGAGCCGAACGAAUACCAUCACAAGCUCGGGCCCCAGGUUUGCACCCCUCAACGACACGUCGCUUUCGGUCACAACCAAACGCUCGUCACAAACAACCAAACCCGAACCUUACGAACCUGUGUCACCCGUCUCCCCUCUCAUAGAGAGCCCGACCCGCGCGUUCCACGACAAACGGCCCUCUGCUGCAUCCGUCCGAGAUUUGCACCACUCCCGGCGCCACUCAUCCACCGAUUUCCGCAUUCCCGGCGCCAAUGUUCAUUCUUCCGUACCAGCCAAGGCAUCUGCGAGCAGUACGUUCUUGCGACAAGACGCCCCUCACAAGAAGCAGCCCUCUUUCGACCGGAAUUGGACUCUGGGAGGCGCUUCGGCUUCGAAUUAUUCGCCCCGUCCCCUGUCAUCCGCAGGACACCAAGACGCAAUUGGUGGACGGGCCGCCGAACUGCAGGAUUCGGCCGUCGAGAUGGACCGUGGCUACUUUUCGGGCACCGAUGCCGAUGCCCGUCGACGCAAUGUUUUGAAGAAGCGCGAGAGCACCCAAACCUCGCCCAAGGCAAGUUAUGCCGAUGAACAGCGGGUGCGCAGCGCCACGGCGCUCUCGAGGCAUUCUCGACUCGGAAGCGUGGACUCGAUGCGCGAGUCGUCGCUCUCCUCGGCUGCCCAGAAAUACUACGGUGCGUCGAAGCGCACGCCGUCCAUGGCUACCACCGACUCGCUACGUCACAUGACCGGUUCCAAGGAGUCUAUGAACCCUACCGUCACAAGACUGGACAGCAAUUCCUCAGACCAGUCUCGAUCUUCGCCCAAGUCUGCCAUCAAACGGCUGAGCCAAGUCAACCAUCCCGACUUCAACGUGAGCAUGAUGCUGCGGAGUGGGCUCGGGGGGUUACGGGCAGCCUCGGAUGCUAUUACGGGUAGCGAGCGAGCGAAGCUGUCGCCAGUUGAGUCGCCUCUUAAGGAAUCGCCCAUGUACUCGCCAGCCCGCACCGGGUCUAGUACGCCUUCUGGGGGUCAGAGUUUUGAUCUAGAGUCGCCCGACACUAAGAGCCCGAGCACAGCAACAACGGCGCCCAGCCGGAACACUCGCAAGAAGAAGCAGGAGACCAGCGCGUACACGCGUGGCCUUCAGAAGAUCAGCCCCCGGGAAGCCAUGAAGGACGCCGACUACACCGGCUGGAUGAAGAAGAGAAGCGCCAAUCUCAUGACAACUUGGAAGCCCCGCCUUUUCGUGCUCAAGGGCAGACGCCUGGCCUACUACUAUUCAGAGGACGACGACCAGGAAAGGGGACUGAUCGACAUCUCAUUCCACCGGGUGCUUCCUGCCGACAACGAGCGGCUCACCGGCCUCCUUGCUACGCUCACGGGCGCUUCGAGCACGCCCGCAAUGCCGGCCGGGAGCCACAUUACGACCCUCGCAGCAGCCGACGCCGAACGCGACCCCAUCCAAGAGUCUGAUUCCAUUUUCAUCUUCAAGCUCGUCCCCCCUCGCGCCGGUCUUUCUCGCGCCGUCAAUUUUACAAAGCCCACCGUCCACUACUUCGCGGUACCAAACAUCAAACAAGGUCGGCUGUGGAUGGCUGCUCUAAUGAAGGCCACGAUCGAUCGCGACGACACGCAGCCUAUCACGACUACGUAUCAGCAGAACACCAUCUCGCUGGCAAAGGCUCGGCAGAUGCGGCACCGUCCGCCGGCGCUGAUGAACCUCGAGGAGGGUGCGGACGAGAACAAUGACAAGACGGGCGCAGGCGGUCCUGAUAGCAACGGCCUCGGAAUUUACAGCGAGCUCGACAGUGCGGUCGCCGGGCUCGAGAAGUUUGGGCUACAGCACCCCGAGAGCGCCAGGGCAAGAGACUUCGGGCUGGGGUCGGAGAAGGACACGUCGUUGCUGCCGCAGAGUGCGUAG